AUGCUUCCUCUCUUCAUCAAGAUGCUUCCUCUCUUCAUCAAGAUGCUUCCUCUCUUCAUCAAGAUGCUUCCUCUCUUCAACAAAGUGCUUCCUCUCUUCUUCAAAGUACUUCCUCUCUUGAUCAAGAUGCUUCCUCACUCCAUCAUGCAGCUUCCUCUCUUGAUCAAGAUGCUUCCUCUCUUGAUCAUGCAGCUUCCUCUCUUCAACAAAGUGCUUCCUCUCUUCUUCAAAGUACUUCCUCUCUUGAUCAAGGUGCUUCCUCUCUUGAUCAUGCAGCUUCCUCUCUUCAACAAAGUGCUUCCUCUCUUCUUCAAAGUACUUCCUCUCUUGAUCAAGGUGCUUCCUCUCUUGAUCAAGGUGCUUCCUCUCUUCAACAAAGUGCUUCCUCUCUUCUUCAAAGUACUUCCUCUCUUGAUCAAGGUGCUUCCUCUCUUCAUCAAGAUGCUUCCUCUCUUCUUCAAAGUACUUCCUCUCUUGAUCAAGGUGCUUCCUCUCUUGAUCAAGGUGCUUCCUCUCUUCAACAAAGUGCUUCCUCUCUUCUUCAAAGUACUUCCUCUCUUGAUCAAGAUGCUUCCUCACUCCAUCAUGCUUCCUCUCUUGAUCAAGAUGCUUCCUCUCUUGAUCAUGCAGCUUCCUCUCUUCAACAAAGUGCUUCCUCUCUUCUUCAAAGUACUUCCUCUCUUGAUCAAGGUGCUUCCUCUCUUGAUCAUGCAGCUUCCUCUCUUCAAACAAAGUGCUUCCUCUCUUCUUCAAAGUACUUCCUCUCUUGAUCAAGGUGCUUCCUCUCUUGAUCAAGGUGCUUCCUCUCUUCAACAAAGUGCUUCCUCUCUUCUUCAAAGUACUUCCUCUCUUGAUCAAGAUGCUUCCUCUCUUCAACAAAGUGCUUCCUCUCUUCUUCAAAGUACUUCCUCUCUUGAUCAAGGUGCUUCCUCUCUUCAUCAAGAUGCUUCCUCACUUCAUCAUGCGUCCAUCAUGCAGCUUCUCUCUUCAUUAAGGUGCUUCCUCUCUUGA